AGAAUAUGUAGUAACACGUCAUUCUACUGAAGUAGAGGGACACCGGCCGGGAGUUGUCCCCACAGAUUCUUCGCUCUCUCAUUCUGUUUGCGCAUCGGUAUUUAUCACCUAAAUGCUGAUCCGAUUUAUUACAGUCUAAUAUUUAUUUACCUUCGUCUGGAUUUCCAACCGGAUCUGUAUAAAAGUUGCCAUGGCGACGUACCAGGAGUUUAUCCAACAGAAUGAGGAUCGGGACGGCGUGCGUUUUAGCUGGAACCUGUGGCCCUCGAGCAGGCUGGAAGCUACCCGGCUGGUAGUGCCUGUCUCCUGCCUCUUCACCCCACUCAAGGAGAGGCCAGACCUGCCACCGGUGCAGUACGAACCGGUCCUCUGUAGCAGGGCCAACUGCAAGGCCGUACUAAACCCGCUAUGCCAAGUUGACUACAGAGCCAAAAUAUGGGCGUGCAACUUCUGCUUCCAAAGAAACCCAUUCCCCCCGUCAUACGCCGGCAUAUCGGACGUAAACCAGCCGGCUGAGCUCAUGCCACAGUUCUCAACCAUUGAGUACAUAGUGCAGCGCGGCCCCCCGACCCCGCUCAUCUUCCUGUACGUGGUGGACACGUGUCUGGAGGAGGAGGACCUGCAGGCCCUGAAGGAGUCCCUGCAGAUGUCCCUGUCCCUGCUGCCCCCCAACGCCCUGGUAGGCCUCAUCACCUUCGGACGCAUGGUGCAGGUCCACGAGCUGAGCUGCGAGGGCAUUGCAAAGAGCUACGUGUUCAGGGGAACCAAGGAGCUUUCCUCCAAACAAAUCCAGGAGAUGCUAGGCCUGACGAACCCGACGGCAUCUGGGCCUCAGGGUCGUCCCGUGCCCCCUCAGGAUCCAGCCGUCACCUGUAGGUUCCUGCAGCCGGUCCAUAAGGUAGACAUGAACCUGACAGACCUGUUGGGCGAGCUGCAGAGAGAUCCCUGGCCUGUACCACAGGGGAAGAGACCACUGCGCUCUACUGGAAUAGCACUGUCCAUCGCCGUGGGCCUGCUGGAGGGUACGUUUCCCAACACAGGGGCCCGUGUGAUGAUGUUCAUGGGCGGACCCCCCACCCAGGGCCCCGGUAUGGUGGUGGGAGACGAACUCAAGACCCCCAUCCGCUCCUGGCAUGACAUCACUAAGGACAACGCACGGCAUCUGAAGAAAGCCACCAAGGUCAGUCCAAGAAUAACAGAAUGGAUAGCGUAGAAUGGAUGUUUUAUUGUCCAUGUUGUACAUGGACACUGUGAAAAAGAAUCUUGUAAAAGUUAUAUCUUGUAAAAGUGAUUGUUUUUGUAGUUGUUCGCCCUUAGUGGGCUAGUUUUUAGAGUUAAAGCUGGAAUCCUUAAUUGGUGGAAAUGCCACGUCCGUUUGCGAUAUUACAACAGAAGUUACUGAAAACAACAAAUGUAUUUUUCUACUCGGACAUCAUUGCACGCACGAUAGAACACAAUAUGUGGUGCAAUGCACAGGAGGCACCUUAAUUGGGGAGGACGUUAGAGGACGUUAUAGGGAGGACGGGCUUGUGGUAAUGACUGGAACGUUAUAGGUAGAAUGGUAUCAAAUACAUCAACAAAUGGUUUCCAUGUGUUUGCCUUCUCUCCAUUCCAGACAUUAUUAUGAGCCGUCCUCCCCUUUGCAGCCUCCACUGGUGCAAUUUAGUUUUACCAUGCUGCGCGACACUCCUUAGCUCGGCAACAAAAACAAUAAGAAUGGUGUUGG